AUGCGGAUGUUGUCCCCAAAGAAGGGAGAUGAUCAAAAGUCGCCUCACUAUAACGCCUCCGGUGCUGACGCCGAGAUCGCUGCCGCUUCGACAACGUCACCUCAUCUCCCUGAACCACAACUCGACGAAUCCGGAUAUGCAAUUCCCGAAAGGGCAUUAUCACCGCCCCCUGAUGCCCCGCCCACAGAGAAGAAGUGGACCUGGAGGGGCACAACAACUUCGGCCAGUUCAAGGAGCAGAACCCCCACAGACUACGAGGUUGCUGAUUACAUGAUGGAGACGGCGAGGUUGGAUGAUGCUCGUAUCGAGUACAGAGCCGUCGAUGACACCCCCAGGAUCAGUGAGCGUGUCCUCAGCCCAGUCGAAAUGGAGCGCGUACUCAGCCCCGUGCUAAGCCGGGAGCACGAGCUGCAGACGAAACUCCACUAUGAUGACGACCUCUCCGAAAAGCUCAGAAAAUCACUGCAAGAGGCCGAGAGAUCGCUGGUCCAACCAAAGGAGAGGGCAGUCGAUGUACAACACCGCAAGUUUGAGGCAUCAUCAAGCGUUUCGUCCACGGAUUUUGUGCAGGAGGUGAUGUCGAGGAGGAGCUUCAACUUGGAUGGAGCACCACAUAGAGCUGUGCCGAGUACGGUGACUCCCCCCCUCGACGCCGUUGACCGCGAGAGUCAUCUGGAGACGCACGAUGAACAUGCUGAAUAUGAUGAAGUGACGGUGGAAAGGGUGCAGCAACAGAAGAUGGAGCCCAUCUACUCCGAAGUCGCCAAUACCCACAGCCCCGCCAAGCCGAAGCCCAUCUUCAAGCCAAAAACCGAACCCACCGAGCAGGGCAGAUCCCAGCUUCUCGAAGAGAUCCGCAAUCGGAAAUGGAAACCCGAACCGGUGGUCCUCACCAACUACACGGUACACACCGAACCAUCACGACCCACCAAGCCGGUACCCGCGCCACGCAAUCAUGAAUAUGACGAGGUGGCCAGGGAGGAGCCAGUGCGACAGGCGUCGCAUCGAGAGGUAUUCGGCCAUUCCCAACUCUCCGGAACCUACACCUCCACCGUCGAGACACACCUCGGCGAGGAGAACAUCUACGAGGAGAUUGAUCACUAUCAAAUCGUGCCCGCCCAACAGAACUCUGCGACCUCCCAGAAGACGUCGGCAGCGCCUCCCCCUCCCCCCACCUCGGCCCCACCUCCUCGUGAUAUGCACCGGGCUCGCGAGGAGUUUGCCCAGCGUCACGAUUCGAGUGCUGAGCGGAAGUUUAAGGGCAACAAGUACGAAGACGAACCAGCCCCCGAACCCACCGAAGAUGAACACCUUGACUGGGAGCUAAUCUACACGACGAACGCCAUCCGCCAGAUGAGCCGCAACAACAAGUGGAGGGAGAGCAUGCUCAACAAGGACAAAAUCCCGCCCGUCCCCAAGAAGACGAAGGAACUCCCCGCCGAUGUGCUGCCCAAGAAUUCGCCAUUUACAAGACCGGCGGAGAGCCCGAGCUCGGGGAGGAAGACGCCGACUUCGUGGACCAAGAAUGAGGGCUUCACGUUUUCGGUGCCGGGGAUACAGAGAAUCGCCGUGGAGGAUGAGAUGGAAGAGGAGAGGAGCAAGAGAGCAGCGCCAGAAGCCUGGGAGCAUGAGCGUGUCGGGGUCAAGCAGGUGCCAACGAAUAUUGCACGAGGUCAUCAAAUCACGGUGCCGCGAGUGGCCCAACCCAAGGAGGUGGUGGAACCCCAGCCGGUAGAUCGUCAACCCACUCACCAAGCCCCUGUUGCUCCUCGACGUGCCACUACGGAAGAAUCCUACCACUUCCAAGGUGUCAAGAAUUUGCGCCAGCAGUUCUCCUCCCCAGAACCAACGCCAUGGCGUCGUACCCAGUCCGUUGGAAACGUGUACGAGGUGCCCAGGGCCAGGCUGGAGAAAACCGAUGAUGUGAGGACAAGACCUGGGCCUCUGAGUGAGGUUCCGAAGGGGAGACCCAGCUCGACCUCAUCGCUGUUGGAUAAGGCAACGCCAUCGACACCGAUUAAGCAACCAGCACGGACCCAUCAGGAUACUCCGAGGGUCGUCAGGAAGGAGGUCACCUCGCCGCUUCCUCGGAUUCAGAGUCCAAGGCCUCGGCCCGUUGAUUUGAGCCCGUUGACGGCUGAUGCUCAGCAGAGAUUCUACACCCUACGCUCACCAAGCCCACGAGCCCAAACGACACCAAGCCCACUCGCUAGGUCCGAGGCAGAGCUUCGAAUUGGUGACGGCGCACAACCAGACCAGCAUUUCCACUCCAAGCCCUCAGAAAGAGACGAGCACGAGGUUCGACACCAGGAGCACCACCCCGAAAAAGAAAAUCACUACGAGGAGAUCGAACACCGUGAAGUUGUCGGGAAGCCUGAAGUGCAGCACCAAAAACCGGUGGAGCAUCACUAUGAUGAGCCUGCCAAGGAAAAUGGCCAUCACCCGCAUGGGCCCGACUACUCACCGUACCCACAUCACUACGAACACACCUAUGAACCUCAUGUACCGUAUGGACUGCCGCAUCAUGGACAUCACUACAUACAACAUCAUCAUGAAGACGGACGGAGACGUCAUGGGGAAAAUCGAGAGGAUAGAAGAUAUGUACACUACGGACAUCAUCAUAUACAAUAUCAUCAUCGGGAACAGGUUCAAGAUCAUCACCAUGAAAAGCCUCAACCCCACUACGACCCCUACCAUACGAAAACCCGUGACGGAGACCGUUUCGUACUCCUUGAAGCCUCUAAUCUCCCUUCCGUAUCACCAGCCCCUCCCACAAAUCCACCUUCCGACACGAAGCGGAAGCCCAAACAGCCCCCCAUCCUCCCCGCCGAGGAGCCCGAGCCAGAAUUUCAACAUGGCGGGUAUCACUUGGAGCACUACGAGGACGAGGAGAUUGAGAAGACGGUGAUACCGGUGUAUGGAGGGCAUUUGGUACAUGAUGGCCGAGAUAUGACCGUGUUCCCGAUCGCUACAGCGCAUCAUUACGAUGAGGUUCACUACCAGUUGGCUCCUGAGCAACGACCGCCCGGAAUUCCGGAGCAUAUCGACUUGACGAAUGCCGAAGAGGUGACGGUAGAGACGAAGACCAAGGUGGUCACCAUCGUCAAGCGCCGGAACGUCACGGGCGAAAUCUUCGAGGAGGAGUAUCUGACUGAAAACUCGACGUUUCCGACAUCCGUUCAUCUGACGACGCCUAUUCAUCGGCUAUAUGACUCCAACACCCCAACGUCACACUACCAUACACCCGCCGGGGACCAGGUUCAUCUACAAAGAGCUGGUGCUACACUUGGCCGAGGCGCCAGCCCGAUCUACGACACCGUAUACGAAGGAACGAAGGGCAUCGGG